AUGGAAAAGAACAUCUGCUAUCGGCAACGAAGGAGAAAAGAAGUCGUCUAUGAGGAUUGCGUACUCGAGGACUCCUUGUCCCAAGGUGACUGGAACAUCGAGGAGGACCCAAACGUAGACUAUGAGAUGCUGCUCAGAGGAUUACGAGCCUGUGCUGAGCGUAUCUCGAAGCCGCGCACAACAAACUUGGAUCGGAUUUCGAAGACCACUAAGGAAUUGCAGAAGAAGAUUCUAGAAGCAGCACAAAGAAGAACGAGUCAAAAGAAGUGCCGCAGGGAUCUCCGCGAAUAUAACAUUCCAUUAGCAGCCUUGCUGAGCGAAGACAGGACUCGCACGUCUUCUCGUCGUGAGAUGGAAAUCAUUACGGAGAGUGGUGAAGCUCCACCACGGAUUCUCCCUUCGGAAGUACGAGCCGCUAUCAAGAGCAUGAAACCUGGCACCGCCUCCGGACCGGAUUUUAUAUCAGCAGACUUCGGGCUGGUGGCCAUCCACUUCAUGUAA